UAUCUAUCGAUAGUUCGACGGUCACAUUUAGCGUACCACUUUUUUGUAUAAACUAAAAAAAAAAGCGCAGUGUAUUAUUGUUGUUGCUUAUAAUGCGUUUGCUUAAAUCGAAAAUUGUUAAUUAAAUGUGCGCUUCCUGCGCCCGGCAUGUAAUCACUCGCAUCGAUCCAAAUGGGCGGCCAAACGAAAGAGGGGCGUGGAGAUCGCCCCCCUUCUCCUUUUCAUUCUCCACCUUCAUCGUCCAGCAAUCCACCGCUGCCCCUCCCCCUUCUCGGAUUACUGCUGCUCUUGUUGUUGUUCUUCCCAAAUCUGAUGCCGACAGCGACGGCGACGUCGACCGCAGCAGAGGGGGGCCAGGCGGUGCAAGUGCAAACGCAUCAAGAUACGGAGCUCCCCCAAAAUCCCGAAACGGGCAUUGCGACGGGACAAGGAACAGCGUCAUCGUGCCCACGAAAAUGCAGCUGCCGGAGCACAGCGGAAAACAUACACAGCCUUAAGAUUCGCUGCGAUGAGCAGCAGAUAACCAACUGGCGGGAGUUGGACUUUGGAGAGGAUGUGACCAGUAUUGUCAGCAUCAAUGCCAGCAAGAAUUCAAUUGCACUGAUAACCGCCGAGGAUUUUCGAAACUUUACGGAACUCAAGCGUCUGGAUUUGUCGUUCAAUCUGCUCACCGAACUGGACAAAGACACCUUCGGGGAUAGUCUGGCGCAUUUGGAGAAGCUGAAGCUGGCCGGCAAUGCCAUUAGCCACAUCUAUGAGGGCACCUUUGACCAAAUGCCCAAGCUUAAGUUGCUCGACCUGUCUGGAAAUCCCUUGGCCUGCGAUUGCGGAUUAAUUUGGUUGAUCGCCUGGUCGAGCAGUCGUGAAGUGCGUCUACAGCCGCCACCAAAAUGCGAAUCGCCGGGCAACUUUCGUGGUAUGCCGCUAAAGAAACUGCGCGUGGGAAAGGAUUUCCAUUGUGAGACGCUGCUGCAACCGUUGCUCGAGCUAAUUCCCAGCCAGAAUCAGGUGGCCUUUGAGGGCGAUGAGCUGCAGCUCAAGUGCCACGCCCCACGCGUUGCCAUUGGUGUGCCCAGGGAGAGCGAGGAUCUGCCGACAAAGGCCUAUGUGUUCUGGGGUUGGUCCGAGAAGAUACGAGCCAAAAACUCCACGGAGGAUAUUAUUUAUCAGGAUCCCACCAAAGUCUUCGGCGAUGUGAAUCUAGAGACUCGCCAUUCCACGGACUCGGGCAUACUGCAAUCGAUACUGCGCAUUGCCAGCCUAACCCAGAAUCACACAGGCAUGUGGGAUUGUACGCUGCGCAGCCAGCAGGCGAAUCUAUCGCAGGCCAUCGUUCUGCAUGUGGUAGCCAAGGGGACGCUGUACUGUGAAGCUCGCGUGGUGCACACGAACAAGGGCACCUACCACUGGCCCAGGACGAUGCGAGGCGAGACUGUGCUGCAGGAGUGCGUGGAGGAGCCCAGCGAUGCCACACAAGCCCGCCGAGCUUCGCAUGAGUGCGGACCAUCGGGUGAGUGGCUAAAUUUGGAUACGGAAAGUUGUGUGUACGUCAGCGAGACGACACGCAUACUGGAGCAGUUCGCCAAGGUGAAUCUUACGCUGACUAAGGGUCAGAAUGCGCUGGAGAUUGCACGACGUUUGCACAACUUUACGCAAGCGCAGACGCAGCUGAAUCGCAUACGAGAUCCCAUGGAUUUGGAGUACAUUGCACGCACGUUGGUCAAGUACUUGGAUCAACUGGAGCAGCCGCAGCAACAGCAAGAGAUAAGUCACCUGCUGAUGGACAUAGUUUCGCAAUUGCUUAACCUGCCCGCUCAUCUCUUUCGAGCCGCACAAUCCGAGCAGGGAACUGGGCAGCGGCUGCUCCACGUGGUGGAAUCCUCGGCCAUGCGCCUGGCCUUGGCCAGCACACAGGCGGAACCGUUGCCCGCAGAGAUGAUACCCUGGCGAGGAUCGCUUGCCCAGCAGCGUAACCUAUUCGUCGAGUUCUUUAACAUCAGUUUGGAUGCCUUCGUUAGCCUGUCAUGCGUUUGGUUGGAGCAAAGUCCUCGAGGCUUCCAAUGCAACAGUGCCAACGAUACGAUACCCAUGUACGAGCAUGGCGAUAUCGAUGCCGCAAUCCAGCUGCCAUACAGCGUGAUUGGCAAUAGCUCAACCACUUUGCCGGCUACAACGACAAUCCGAAGUCUCCGCUUGAUGAUCUCGCUACACAGGAAUGGCAAAUUGUUGCCAAAUCUGCGAGGAAGCCACAAUGAAUCCCUGUCUUCUGCCAUCAUAGGAAUACUGGCGUACAGCAGCGAUGGUGAGGCGCUGCAGUUUCGGGCCGAUAACGAGCUAGAUCCGGAAGAGGAUGUGUACCAGCAAAGGGUUACAGUGAUGCUGAGAGCUCAUCCGUAUCACAAUCCACUGAGUGCGCCUCAACCCGCCUGGUGGGAUGCGGAUGAGCAGCGCUGGGAGACGAGCGUUUGCCAACAGCACUACCAGCAUCGCACUCUGGUCAUGUUCAGUUGCAGUCGCACCGGAUACUAUGGCCUGCUGCAGCGCAGCCAGUAUUUGAAUGAUUUCCGUAGCGAGGAGUCGGGCGCACGUUUCCGACAUCCACCGGCUGCUGUGUACGCCGGUUGCGGUCUACUCUUCGCCUGCUGCGCCUUCAAUGCGGUGACCUUUGCUGUUUUCGGCCGAGCAGUGCGAAUCAACAGAGUGCAGCGGCAUGCUCUGGUCAACACCUGGUUGGCCCUGGGUGCACUGGCGCUGGCCUUCUCGUUGGGCAUCUAUCAAACGGCCAGUCAGCCGCAGUGCCGUCUAUUGGGAUUGCUGAUGCACUAUCUCGGACUGUGCGUACUACUGUGGGUUUGUGUCAGCCUGAGUAGCAUGUACAAGCGAUUGACCAAGACGACAACAUCCGGUCAGGGACAAUGUCCGGGUCAGGAUAUGGAACCGCAGCGGGAGCGAGAGCGAAAACCCAUUCUCGGCAUCUAUCUGGUGGGCUGGGGCAUUGCGCUGCUCAUCUGCGGCAUUAGCAGUGCUGUUAAUCUGGCGGAGUACGCAACCUAUGACUAUUGUUUCCUGCACAGUUCCACCACACUGAAUGCACUACUUGUGCCAGCCGUCAUUCUUGUCAUUUUCUGCGGCAUUUUGGCAUUGUGCAUCUAUUACCAGCUGAGUCAGCAGGCGGUGAAUGUGUUGCAACUGCAAAUGCAACAUCAGCAGAAUCGUCAGUAUUCGGACAACAAUACGCAGGCAACGGAGCACAUCGAUCUGGAUUGGCUGGAUGCGAAUGGUAGUGCCACCACAGCGGCGAUUGGAGGCGGCUCUGGCAAUCAUGGUGGUCGCAAGGAGCAGGAUCACAUGCAGGAGCAGUACAGCACGCUGAGCAAUCCAUUGAGCAGCAUUGUAGACGAUUUCGAACGCUCGAACUUAUCGCAUUUGCGUGGUCACUUCAUUUUUCUGGUUCUGUAUGCCGGCGCCUGGUUGUCCGCCGCUGCCUACGUGAAUGGUGGUCAGGAGCUCUAUGUGCUAUCAUUCGCCGGCUGCUGUUCUGUUUUGGGCAUUUUCCUGCUAAUCUUCUACAACCUGAGCAGAAACGAUGCGCGCCAAGCUUGGUCGCAGGGCAGAGAUGGACGCAGCAUACCCGCCAAACUGGUGACCUACAACAAUGGCAGCCAGGCGAGGGGUGCACACCCAUCGAGUAUGAUGCCUGGACCAGGAACGGCAAUGAUUAGCAACUCCAUUGUGGCCUAUAAGGCGAAUCCGGGACCCGGCAGCUUGUACGAGGCCAACAAUUCGGCGGGCUCGCGUUCGAAUAGCCAGUGUUCGAGAAGCAUGCGCAGCCAGACUAGGAGUCAAACGAGGAGUCAGCAGGAGCAGCUGCUUCAGGCCAACGGAGCAGGUGGCGUUACUAUAAUCAACAAUACCAGCGGUCAGCCAGGAGCAGGCGGUGGUCCAGCGGCUGGCGGAGUUUCUGGCUCAACCGGUGGAGCACCGGUGCCACCGCACAGUCUGAACGCUCUGCUCCAUGGCUCCAGUCACGAUCUCAUACCUUCGGCGGAGAUCUUCUACAAUCCCAACCAGAUUAACGUGGCCCGAAAGUUCUUCAAGAAGCAGAAGCGCCUGGCCAAGCGGAACAACUUCGAGCUGCAGCGCCAGACAAUGCCGCAGAUGCAGCUCCAGAUGCAAAUGCAAAUGCAGCUCCACAGCCAGCACAGCCUGAGCGAUGCCAGUUCGGAGCAGCUGUACAGUAGGCACCACAAUGCGAUGACAAUGCUGGCCGGCGGCAGCAAGAUAAAUAACACCAAUCUGCACUACAAGAAUCAGGGCUCACCGAUGGCUGGAGCUCCCAAGGAACACGGCAACAUGGGUGCUAUGAGUUCCGGCGGAGAUUCCAUGCAGUUUAAGCGCUUUGUGCCUGCCAGCGCCUCGUCGGCGUCGAAGAUCAUGCAGGCCAAUAUUUACACCAACAUACCGGAGACAUUGACACCACAGCAUGAGGUGAUCAAACUGAGAGCCAAUGGACGCACUAGAACACCUUCCCUGCUGGAUGAAACGCUGCACGAGCUGGACGACGACGAAGAGGAUGAGGAGGAGGAGGAGCAUGGUCAGACGCCGGCGACGAUGGAGGAACCGGAGCAUGAACUGGAGGAGGAAGACGCCAGUUCACUUGACGAACAUGCUCCAUUGUAUGCCAAUACUCUGCCACCAGCUAGCGGGAUGAGCAGCCUGUUUCGAAAUCGAGGAUCAUCCCAUCAACCCAUGAGUUCCACGCCCGUCAAACAGCCCAGCUUGGAGGCCAUGAAUAGUUUGGGCUUGCCGGAAGUCAGCCUUGAAGAGCCGCUGCUGCAGAAGCAUGAGAUAUACGUGUCCAACUCGCUGCAGGUUACCACCAGUAAUAGCAUUCAGUUGGACGAUGACUUUCCCAGUGUCCUUAUCCGCUUCAGUCAGCAGCAGCAGUCCAAGUCGCUGAAUAAUAUCAGUGAGAUGCUGGCUGGUGGUGGCGGCGGUGGUGGGAACGCGCCCGGAUUGGAUAGCCUUGGUGACCAGCAAGAGUCCAGCCAGUUGUCCGUCAACGAGGGCAGCACCCUGGAGGAGCAGCAGUUGCGCCAGAUUUACUCCUGCUCCAGCAGCAAUCUCAGUCAGCUGAAGGGGCAUCAUCCGACGGCUACGGUGGAUACGGAGGACGAUGGUCGCCUGCUUUCCGGCAGUCCGACGAACGAGAGCGAUCUGAACUACCAAAACUCGGAGAUAAGCAUCCGAAGCCAUGGACUGUAUGCUCCCCAGGCGGACAACGAUCUAAAUCUAACACUAACCGAUGAUUUCCGCUGCUAUCAAUCCUCGAAUGCCAGCGAUGCAGAUGUGGAUGUGCUGAACGAGUUCGACGAUGAGUUCGUGGCCGCCACGGGUGGCGAGAGGGUGGUAGGUGAUGCCGAGCAGGAUCCCCAUCACGAUCAUGACCAGGACACCUCCAUUGACGAGCUGUACGAGGCCAUCAAAUGCCGCAGUCCGUUGAGAAACAAGCAGGAGGCCGUCGAGCGCUUCGAAAGAGAAAGAGAGCGCGAUCGCGAGAAGGAGAUGGAGAUGGAAGCGAAGCCACUGAGCAAUUCCCACAACGAAAAUCUCAACGAGACGAUAGAGGAUGACAGCAGCCAGAGCAGCGUGAUCUCGUACAUCGAUCCCAGGGCGGCCAACGAGCCACGCCCCUUUCCCAGCUAGCUCGGCUCACUCAGCCCAACCCUAGUUAGUUGUAUAUAGAUUAUAGAUAUAUAUAUAUAUAGAUAUACACAAGAUGUAUAACCUUACCAUCCCGCAACAACCCCGCUUGGCCGGCAAUCCAAAAGAUUAAACGUGCCAGUCCCAAAGUAUUUUAGUACCAAGAUGUGUACCCAACCCACUGACCCUCGCCAAUAUGCAUAUGUAUGUAUAUAUAUAUAUAUAUGUAUAUAUAUGGGCAGUGGGCUUAUAUCUUAAGUUUCGCCCACUUAAAACCUAGCCAGCUAACUGAACUUGUAAUUAUAGUAAGGACUCCCUAUUUAUUAUGACUAGUAUUACUCCACAAAAGAUCAACAAAUCUCACACUCACCGGAGAAAACUUCAUCCAACCAGAUGGUCAAUCGAUCAUUUAUAUCCACAAUGUCAUAGAAAUCACCACACAAAUCUCCACCCAAAAGUCCUACACUCAUUUGAUAAGUUUUAAAUACUGAUAAAGCAAAAUGCAUUUAAAUGUAGGCUAAGUUUAUAUUUAGUUAUAAAUAAAUGAAAUGUUCACUU